CUUGCCUUCCCCUUCACUCUUUCACCCGUGAGCACAAGUACACCACAAACGACGAAGCCUUGUCGUUCAGAACAGCCAUAGUUUGUGAGGCACUAGCACAUACGCCAUGGGAGUCUUGGACCACCUCUCCGACCUGUGCAGCAUCACGGAGACGAAGGAGGCCCUCAAGCUCAGGAAGAAGCGCCCGCUGCAGACGGUGAACAUCAAGGUGAAGAUGGACUGCGAGGGGUGCGAGCGGCGGGUGAAGAACGCCGUCAAGUCGAUGCGGGGCGUGACGAGCGUGGCGGUAAACCCGAAGCAGAGCAAGUGCACGGUGACGGGGUACGUGGAGCCGAGCAAGGUGCUGCAGCGGGUGAAGAGCACGGGGAAGGCGGCGGAGAUGUGGCCCUACGUGCCUUACACGCUCACCACGUACCCCUACGUAGGCGGCGCCUACGACAAGAAGGCGCCGGCGGGGUUCGUCCGCAGCGCGCCGCAGGCCAUGGCCGACCCCAGCGCGCCAGAGGUCCGGUACAUGUCCAUGUUCAGCGAUGAAAACGUCAACGCGUGCACCGUCAUGUGAUGCGUUAGAGCCGCCGUCGUCGAGGCCAGCGACGUCCAAACUCCGACGACAUAUGUGUGGAUCGAUAGAGCUCAGACCUAGAAGAGAAAAAGGAAAGUUAAGCGUCCUUACAACUACCAAAGUGUUGUAUAUGUUAGGUUUUGUUGUGAUUGUGAUCUUAACAUAGAGAACAGAGUAAUAGCGGUUGAUAUAAAAACUAUUCAUUACUGUUUUAUAUGGUGAGUGGGGGGUAUUUAUAGAUAUAUAUUAACUACUCUCGUUGUCAUUA